AUGGAAUUAUUACAAUCGUUACGUGAGCAUUUGAUUUCGUUAGUAUCUGCAAGUGAGUUAAAAUAUUAAUAAUACUUAUUUUUAUUUUUGCAUACGAAUUCCUUAAUACAAACGGGACAAAAUGUUUAAAUUUUUCAAAAAAGCUAAACAAAAAAAAAUCCUCGAGCACCAAAAGUUUUACAAUAAUAUUUUAUAAAAUAAUUUUAAAAUCGUAUAUUAUUUGCUUAUAUAACUUAAAUUAUGAUGAUAUUUAACAUUAUAACAUUAGUUAUUGGUCGGACACGGAUUUAAAUGCACUUAAAAUCUACAAACUAGCAGUUAAGAAUGGCAAAAAUGCCCUGAAAAAAAAAACCUAAAAUAGUAGAAGAGUUUAAAAUUCUCCUAACGGCUAUAAAAUAUUAAACAUUAUUUUUUAACACUACAAAAAUGGUUAACACAGUAUUUUUUUUUAAAAAUAAAAUUGUGCGUAUAACGAAAAAAAUCACUUGUGUUAAUCAUUUUUUUCAAAAUUUUUAUCAUGUUCGAAAAUUGUGUUCAAUAAAUUAGAUCCGAUAAAGAAAAGACUCUACCUCUCUUUGGCUUUUUUAAAUAUUUUUAGGGCUAUUUUGUGAAUUUAAGUGCAUUUAAAUCCAGACUCUAGCUAUUAUUUAUUAACGUAAAUUUUUGUUUUUCUCUCUUGGAAAAUUUAAAAAUUUGAAAACACGCAUUUAGCGAUUCAUAUAAAAUAUUAUAACGACAAUACUGCUAAACACAAUCGUGCACACAUAUUCGUAUUUACGAUGCCAGCUGCUACAUAAAAGCUUAUUCGUAAUAUGUUUCGCGUGCGUCGUAAAAUAUUGUAAACAACAAGGUGUGUGUAACUCAAAAACUUUAUAGACGGAGAAGACCAGAGUGUUUGUACACAGAUUGUUGACCACUUGGAUGAUCUACAGCGACUCCACGAAAAGUUGGUAAGAACGGCAGAAAGUGACGUCGGCCGAGAAGACCCCAAAACGAUCGAAAGUAAACAAAAGGGUAUUUUAACAAUGUCAACACAAAAAGGUUCUUUGGCCACACCCCGUGAAGCCGCAGGACCUAUAGCCUCAUUAAUUUCCCUCAAGGGUUAUAUACCACAGUGA